CAUUCGGCUGCAGCGUCGAAUUACCGAGUGACGCAUUCUCCAAGUGCUGAGCUGUGUUUUGUGUGCGCUGUCGAGUCCGGGCCAGCUCCACUCUCUCCUCCUCCUCCUCCACCAUUAUGAUAAACCUUCCUUUGAGCUCACGACUUCUUUUGGAUUUUAUUUUUUGCUUUGCCAGUUUUUGUUUAAAUUGUGAAUAAACCGAAUGGUCACCGGUGACCUCAAGGAUGGCAAGGAGAGCGAGUAAGAACUGGGGAGACCAAGAGAUCAAAGGGUUGUUGUCCAUUUGGAAAGACAGGUCCAUUCAGGAUCAGCUGGCCGGAACAGUGAGGAAUAAAGAUGUGUUCGUGAGGAUCUCCAACAACCUUAAAGAAUUAGGGAUCAAUCGCGACUGGAAGCAAUGCCGGGCCAAAGUGAAGAACCUGAAAUACGAAUACAGGAUCAUGGUGAAUCAAAGGAAAUCCGGCAGGAUGUGUAAAUCCAUGCGAUUCUACAAUGAAAUUGAUGCGGUGUUGGGAUGUCGUAAUCCCCAGACGGAGAGAGUUCAGGGCAGAACCUUCCUUAAUGUGGUCAUCAAGGAGGAAGAGGAAGGGAAAUUACAAAAUGCACUGCCCCCGGUCUCUUCAGCAUCCGAAAACAUUACAGCUUGCUGUGCCCAACCAGUCACAACCAUCAGCAGAGAUGAGGAAGAAGAUGAGGCUCUGCCUGAACCACAGUCAGGAGCAGAUGGUGUUACAGCAGACACAGAAGCUCCCGUAGAAGAAGAAAUGAUGAGCACAAGCUCAGAGGACCCUGUCACUGCAAGCAGAAAGAGGACUGAACACCAGCAUGAUUGCUCGGUGCCAAAGAAGAGGAUGAAGGUGAAGAGAGGAACCAUGUUUCAGAGACACAUUGGGACCAUUAUCAACACCUUCAUGGACUAUCAGAGGAAAGCAGAGGAAAGGUUCUACAAAUGGGAAGAAGAGAGGCGGAGAGAGGAACGUGAGCAUGAGUUGAGGAUUAUCCAGCUGUUGCUCGAUCAUUCCAGAUCCUCGAUGAUUCAGACGCCUCAGACUCCGGAUUAUCUGAGAUCUCUGCACAGUCAGAACACCCAUAUAUUCACACCUUCUCCCUCAAACAAUUAACAUUUACGUUUUCUUCAUUGCUUAUGUGCUCUGUUCAUCAAUGUUAACCAGGAGUGCAUGAGCUGCAGCAGUUUUUAACCUGGUCUGCAGCUCCUACAGGAUCCUAGUUUAAAGAAAAAGUAGGGUAUAGAGACCAAGUUGACUUGAAGACACGUUCCCUUGUUAAACUAACCAUUAACCUCUAUACAGUAAAUGUUCCAUGAAAACAAGCCAAGUUAAUUUAACUCUGCCUUUGGGUGUUUUAACAUAAUUCUCUCGGCUUGACUGGGAGGAGCCAAAUCCGCAUGAAUCAUUCUCCAGUUUAAAAGUACAUGUGUGGAUAUUGGGGGGAAGGUCAAAAUGGAGCACAGAUAAAACUCGCUCCCUCCACACAGUUGAAAAUCCUGCUUAUGUUUGUUGCUUACAUUUACAUAUUAACAAUUGGACUGGGUGCCAGAAGCUUAUAAGCAGUUGUGGAAUGCUAUCCUAGUACGAAUCUGGAGAGGAAGGAACUUUUAAUUUUAAAAGCGAACUGUGAAGGUUAAAGCAUUGAAAAGAGAAAGAACUCCGGUAUAUUUUGGAUAAAACCCGGAAAAAAAAUUUCCCUUGAAAGAUGUCCCCCCCCCACUUACAUCCUUGCUUGUUUUGUAGAAGUUCACACCUGGCUGCUACUGAAGUCUGAUGCUGUAAUGUUCAAUUGCUUCAGAAAAACAGACAGCUUAGAUGUGCAAAGAUUGAUGAGUGAUAUUUAUUACAGCACAAAUCAGUAAACACUGAUUCAGCAGGUAAACCUGUUGCUUCUGCUGUUUUAGAAUGCUCUAUCACUGGGAAAUACGGUCCCUCAGAUUGAAUUAUAACUUACUGGAUAAAUGCACUGUGGGAUGUGCUGGAAGGGAAAUGUAGCUUUCAGUUUUGAUUUCCUUAAUACUUAGGCAAAAGUAUUUUUGUGAAUAGUGCCAUUAUUUUGGAGUUAUUCAGUUAGGGCAGAAAUCAGUCCAUCCAAUGCUAAUAAGCAUUUUUGUGCUGGGUGACAACUGAUGGCUAAUUAUAGUAUUUCAGAACAGUACACCAGAGUAUAGUCAUCCAGUUAAAAUCAUUGCCGCAUUCUGUUCAAGUGUUCAUCCAGUUCCUUUGAGUACUAUUGAUGUGUUUCCACUAAACUAUCAGGCAGCAGGUUCCAUAUAUAAGCACAAUAGUUCCAUCUUUUUAUCACAUAUUUAUGGCUGUUAAGUUAAAUUUGUGCUGUCAGAUCAAUGCCCAAUCAGCUAUUGAAAACAUUUCCUCUUUUUCCACUCCAUCUGAAUCCUCCUUAAUUUUAAACCAUUCUGCAGGUUUUUCCCUUGAGGCAAUUGACAUUCAGCCAUAGUGGGGUGUUGGGGGCAAAAGAGGAUGCUGGAGUCAAACAUAGGCCAGAUUGGGUAAGGAUAGCAGAUUUCCUUUUCAGAAGGGCGUAAGUGAACAAGUUGGGCUUUGAAAUAAUCAAUCCGGUGAUUUCAUUGGCAGCAGCACCUGAAACCUAUGGUCAAGUAUUGGUAUGAAUGAAACCUGUCAGGUUACAAGUCUCGUCAUGUUAUCGUAGGACCCAGCAACUGGUCUACUUGGAUUCGAUUCCUGAUGUUACAUUUUCAGGAAAUAAUUUGUGCUCGUUGAUUAGUAAAAACUGAAGGCUACACAAAGUAGAGCGUACUGUACAAGCAUUGCAUUGUGCAUCAUUACCUUUUAUGAUACAGUAGUGUAUUUCACAAUCCAGCUUUGGAAUAUUGUAUAUGUUAAAUGAGAUCUUUCAUUGGUAUGCUUCUAUCAUUCAUGUGCAAAAAUAAUGAAAAUGGAAAUACUAGCCAACUUCUGGUUUAUUAAAAAUGAAUUAAAUGUUUAUUAAUCUAGUAUACCAGAAACAUAACUAGAUCAUACAACUGGACAAUAAUCCUGUGGUUACUAUAAGAAACUUUGAGGUUCAGAUCUCCUUCUGACAUCCUAAUUUCCUUUAUCCAUAAAUCAUAUCAGGAAUGCGAUGAAGUAUUCUCAACAAACCUGGAUGCAUUAAGUUAUAACAAAACUUCUGCUUCUCACCAUCCUGGACAAAGCAGCCAAUGCACUUGGCACUCUAUCCACUAUAUUGAACAUUUGCUGUCUACACCAGUAGCAUAUUCUAAUUGCUGUUUGUGUCAUCUAU